AUGAACUAUAUGAAUAGAAUAUUUAGACCUUUCUUAGAUAAGUUUGUCGUAGUCUUCAUAGAAGACAUUCUUAUAUACUCCAAGACUCGGGAAGAACACGUCAAUCACCUUCAGGCAGUGCUUGAGGUGUUAAGAGAGAAAAAGUUGUACGUCAAGUUAUCCAAAUAUGAGUUUUGGAUGAAAAAGGUACAAUUUUUGGGACAUGUCAUAUCGGCUGACAGAAUCUCUAUGGAUCCGGCUAAGGUCGAAGCUGUGCUGCAGUGGGAAAGACCAAAGACUAUUACCAAAAUAAGGAGUUUUGUGGGUCUAGCUGGCUACUAUAGAAGGUUUAUAGAAUGUUUCUCGAGAAUAGUAGCACCUUUAACACAGCUAACUCGCAAAGAUCAACCAUUUUUCUGGACGGAUAAGUGUGAAAGGAGUUUCCUGAAGCUGAAGCAGAGGUUGACCAGCGCACCAGUUUUACUAAGGUUUAGAAAUAUAGUGUGUACAAGGAAAUGA